GAAAUAUAUAGGUACGUUUUCUUUGCUACCAGCUCCUUUAAGAGGACGGAGGCCUCUGUGCCACCAUUUCCAUGGAAUUAUGGAGUGAGGAGGAAGAGGAGGAGGCACUGGGAGAGGUGGACAUGGCAGUUUGGGGUUAUCCUAGAUGUCGUGGCAAGGUCAGAGGUGGUCCUUCUUGCUGUUCCAGUGGUCGGGCCUUUGGUGGUCUGUGCCCUCUUCCGUUGUGCCCUCUGCUCCUUUAUCUCUUCAGCCUCUCUGGCCAAGUCAUCCUUCUGCCGCUGGACUCUGUCAUCCUCUCCAGUGGUGACCCAAGCCUCAAUAGGGACUCUUCCGAUAAUUUUCUUUUGAUAAUCAACCUGGGUCAGGACGUCUGCAAAGUCAGGCUGAAUUAGUCCUGCUGCCACCAGAGGGAUGAUCGAGAGGGGCUGAGGGUCUUGGAGUGGGUGGUUGGGAUGAUGCAGAGGCCCUCACUGGACUGGAGGAUGAUGGCACCACUGAAUCCUGCAGGCUGGUACUGGUGGUGCUGCACCUGGGCCAGGGGAGGGCAUGAGGCAGCUUGAAUCUACAGCAUGUAGAUUCAGAGGAAAGAUGCCGCACUUUCUGAACCCAUCCACCACAAUGCCCCGGUCCUUCAGCUAAUUAGAAGCUAGCUGUCAUGGUUUUAGAGAAUGUUUCACCAUUUCGACGCGUCUCCUGUUCGCUGUCAACCAUUUUCUGGCACUACGAUAAAUCUUCGGCAGCUUGAGUCAAUGGCUCAUACUGCCUCAACAGUACAAUGCUCUCUUCAAAGAGUGGAACCUGAAGGGUCACGAAUAAGGGCCCUUUCAGCCCCUAUAGUGAGAUGUGGGCAGUACUCUGUGCCCUUCCCCAACGUCAUGUGGCAUAUUGAUGGCAAUCAUACCACUUAUCAGACAGAGGAUAGUAAUUCACGGUGGCAUCAGUGGUUUCAACUGGCUGAAAGUUUAUCUUUCAGCUUCAUUCAGACAUGCACUGUGCUCAGCUACUUCACUGCUGCUUUGAAUGAAUAUGGCUUACCAUAUCAAGUACGCUCAGACAAAGGAGGAGAGAACAUUGGUGUUGCUAAGUUCAUGGUGGCAAACAGAGGAGAGGGCAGAAUUCCCCAUACUACAGGAAGAAGUGUACACAAUGGUGUAAGAAGUGUAAACAGAGGUAUGUUUACGUCUUAUACAUCGCUGUGUAUACGUAAGUACCCUAAGUCUAAGCUAAGGGACCCCACGAGGUACAUUUUUGUGUUUCCCUUAUCUGGCGUACUAGAUCUAACUCCUUAACUAAUUGAUACGUUCCUCAUAAAACACCAUAUAAAUAUUGUAAAUUUACAGCAUCAGGGGUGUUAGACUAGGAAAAACAAAAGUGCUGAGUAUUGGGUCCUUAAGGGGGUAUUAAGCUCAAUGUUGAGGAAUGUACCUAAGCUCUUGUCCAAUUGAGCAGGUUUGACUUUAACCUUAAGUUAUCUGGUUAAGCAGAGAAAUCCUGCUUUGUGAAAUUCCCCUAGAACUGGCACUAUGAACUACUGUUCCAAGACCAGGAUGUCAAACUAAGUGGGGCACAACCUUGCAGAUUUGUGUUUUCUCUCUUCUAAUUCUUUCAGUCAAACUCGUUAAGACCAUACAAACAUUUUACCUUAAGUUGUAUGUGGUGUGUUGAAUGAGGUACAAUGUUGAACUCUGCAGUGAUGUGGCCCUCCGGUUGUUCGACAGCUGGUUAUUUUAGUGACGUUAUAUAAUCUGUUGUUGUUUUUGUUUCAGAAUUGAAACAUUUACAUUAACAUUUACAGCAUUUAGCAGACGCUCUUAUCCAGAGCGACUUAC